AUGUGUGAAGAGUUCCACAGCCUUACCGUCUGCGACGUUUGCGGCCGCCAGGUCGCCCACCAGCAGACCGUCGUCCCCAAGUGGUGCCCCGUCGCCCGCUACCGCUCCCACUUUGGCCAAUGCGACUACGGCGUGCAGCACGUCGAGCUCAAGGCUGUCAGAACGUGCCAGCGCUGUAGGCGCGAGCACAAGAAGAGGCUCGAGGCAAAGGCCAGGACAAAGGCCAAGGCCUGA